AUGACCCUGGCGCUUGCGGUUAUUGGAAAUACUUGCGCCAAGAUCCAUGAGAGUGGCAACAUUCCCGUCCCUGCAGAAAACCACUCAGACAACAUCGAUGCGAUCGCUUACCUGGACUCGAGAACACGACAGCAGGAAUCAAUUUUCACUGAGGCUGUGAAACUAUUAUACUCCAUGAAGUCAUCGCCCUCAUGCAAUCGCAUCGCAGCAACAAGGCUGGUGACAUCGUGCCAGGGCUUUGAUGGCAGCGGAAGCAAUAGCAACAGCCAAGCGGACACCGAUACUGAGAUGACUGGGACUCUAGAUGGUAUUCGGUCUGUAUAUGCGGCACGGCUGGCGAUUUGCGAACUCGACGGUGCUGGUGCUGUCAUUCCUUCACCUUGUCUUCCGGUUACCAUAUCACCACCAGCACAAAAGCAAUGGUUUGGGUUCGCGACUAGACCCGGAUCUCCAAAUACGGGACCAGACACCGUUCCAAAGGAGGUUCUCAGCCAUUGUCUCAGGGCACUUGAAUCGCGGCCCCAGUGGUGGACGUCCUAUAGCAACAGCCGACAAAAUGCCCUGGUGAUCUGCCAGGCUGCUCGGAUUGAAACUGAAAAGGAAGAGCUGCUGGAUUUGCACCGGUCGAUCGUGAAGAGCAGUAUUAAGCUUAAUACAGGUCUCCAGGAAGCUUUAAAGACGGCGGGUACUGAGUCCGCUCAGCAACAAGCCUUCCUGCAAGCAGUGCAAUCCCUGCAAGUGAAGCUUGUCCAAGACAUGGAAGAGACAGGGUCGAUUCUCAAGAGUACCUUUGCCAAAUUCCUCAGUGACAUCGAACAAGGCAUCGACAGAAUGGGGGUUGUAAUGGCUUCAGCCUUGGGACGGCUGCGGACUGAGACUGUGGUUCUUGAAAAGGAGGAUAUCCAAAACGCCUCGAGUCAUGUUGACGCUCUUCAGCAGUCCCUGUACGCCGCGCACGAAGAGGCCCUGGCCAGAAAUAAAGAGGCACUUCUCGCCCACGAACAAAGUUCUCUGGCCCAGCGAGACCUUGCGUCGGCAUUGCACUUUUCCCUGGAGUCACUGGUGGAGACCGACAUGGCCAGACUUUACAAGAAUAUGGAGAGCUUUGAUGCAUCACUAGUAAAUUAUCACACAAACCCCAAAAUGGAAACAAGCUCACACGAACAGGAAUGGCUGACCGGUCGGAUGAAUAUGAUGCUUGAGAAGGAGAACAGGAUGUCUGAGCGGCUGCACAAUAUAGAGACCUCCAUGGAGCAGUCCAUGAUCAGGGCAACCGAGCUACAGAAGGCUCAAGCUUUACAGACCGAGGCCAUGGCCGCGCAGUCCCAGGCACAGGAAGCGAUACGAUUCAAUGCGCAAGUGUCGCAAGCCAUGCUGGACAAAGUCGCCCUCGCGGCGACCAAUCUACACACUUUGAUGGACGAAUCAUCCUUCAAGUUUCAGCAAGGCCCCGGUUUGCACGUCAGUAGAUACUCCGUGUGGACGGUGUGUCUUGCUCUCAUCGUUUUUAUCGGGGCGCAGAACCCCAGGGUGGCAGUGGUUGUGUUUCUCUUGAUUUGCGCCCCCGAUGCGUUCGAGCAGGUGAAGAAGGGUCUCAAGAACCUCUUCCGUCGCAAGAAGGCCAAGCAGUCGGAGCCUGCCCCUGCGGCAACCCAGCCCGAGCAGAAGCCUACUCCCACUCCCGCUGAGACGGGCGCUACGGCUUCGACUACCACCGACGCAAAGCCCGCGGAGCCUGCACCCGCUCCGGCCUCGGCUCCUGCGGCUGCUGCUCCGGCGUCCGAGACUGCAGCUGCACCCGCAGCACCUGUGGAAGCCCCCGCUGAAAUGCCUCAGUCUGCCGAGGCCAAACCCGCAGAGACGACCGAAACCCCCGCUCCAGCUCCAGCUCCAGCUCCAGCCGCCGAGCCUAAGCCCGAGCCUGCUGCCACCAAGCCAGAGGCUCAGACGGAGAACACUGGUGCCGCUCAGCCUGCGGAGACGACGGCCAAGGCGGAGGAACCCGCCAAGUAG